AUGUUGCCAAGGCUUUUGCACUCGCUGAUAGCGACGUUUCAACACCACUGGAUCCCACCACGGCAUACCAAGCACAAUGCAUUACGUUACGGCUUGUGUGAAGAUGUAUCCAAGAUGGCUGCUUGCAUAGAUUUUGCAGAUGCCAAUUGGCAGUGUGGAGCAGACUUUGAGCUGUGGCUGUCCCAGGACCUGUUUGUGAAGCUCUGCCAUGAAGCUACAUGCGGAGGAACUCUUUGCUUGAAGUGUUGGGCUUGUCCAUUGGUGCCCCCCAUUGUUUGGCCACAUCCGCCACACCCACACUGGAUUUGUCAGCUUGAAGAUUUCAGACUUGCUCGACCCAGCAACUGA